AUGGAUACUCUGAAAACAAAGAUUAUCUCUCAGAUCACAGUGAUACUGAUAAAGAUUUUAGAUCGAAGAUAUCUAAUGACAGUAAAAAAUUUAGAGAAAAAAUUAAGAUAUGUGCCAUCAGAAGAUAAUCCAGCUGAUAUGGGAUUAAGGAGAUGUACUCCAAAUGAAUUAAAGACUAAUGACCUCCGGUGGUCAAGUCCAGAUUGCAAAUAUAAACCCUCUAAAGUAAAAGGUAGAAGAGAAAAAAUUAAUGCAUUUUUAAAUUACAUAAAUCAAUCUAUAAAAGAGGAAGUUAACCGUUUAUUUGAUUUAAAACCAAUUGAUGCAGAUAAUUCUACUUAUAAAAAAGUUAUUAUUUUUAAAGCAGAGAUUGCUUUAUUUCCUUGUUUUACUACUAGAGCAAUACAUUUAGAACUAGCUGAAGAUCUAACUACUCCAACUUUAGAACAUAUCAUCCAAAGAUUUAUUGCAGUCAAAGGCAAACCUGAAAGUAUCACUUCAAAUAAUGCUCCUCAAUUCAUUGCAUUAGCUAAGAAUUACAAUAUUAAAUGA